UUGGCUAUGCCUGCAGUGGCAUAUGCAGAGCUCAGGCUUUAUGCAGUGAUCUACAGUCUCCAAUAUUCUUGGUCAACCUGCUGCCAAUGACUGAAAACAAACUGAAUUUUCCUUCAGGCAUUUGAAGUAAUGACGCUCGUCUGGGAUAUUUACUAAUGGGAUUAUAGUGGUUCAUGGAGGACGAAAGACUCUGGGGGAUAUGCUGAUAAGGCCUAUCGGGUUUUUACCAGCUGUCGAGGAUGCUGUAGUACCUACCUGUGGGGGCAACUACCUGUGGGGCAAAUGAGAGUUUCGAAGCGACCAAAUGCAACUUUAUUCCGAAAAUACAGUGGAGCACAUUCCAAUGUUUACCAAGGGGAAAUAGGCUUGAUUGGAGUCAUCAUCCUCUUGUUUGCUUAAUCUAAUUUGAUAAAUUUGUCCCUGAACGAUAUGAGGAGGCAAACGUUGAUGUGCAAUAGCCAGAGAAGUCAUUUUAUGUGAUGGAUUAUCGUCAGAAGAAGAAUUGUACUUUUUUCACUAUUGGAUUGAUAUUUCUGUUAAGUGGCAUUGAGUACGCUGUCAUCCUCCCUACAAUAUGGAGGUAUCUCCAGAUUUUGGAGGCACCUCCAUACUUCCUGGGUCUGGGCUUGUCUGCGUUCAGUCUGAGUGGGCUGCUGACGGGCCCACUGUUCGGCCUCUGGUCCGACCGGACCCGAACUACAAAGACCAUCAUCCUAUACUCCAACGUUUUUGAGAUUGUUGGUAGCUUCAUGUAUUUUAUGGGAUACUCAAAAUGGCUGCUGUUGUGCAGUCGACUUGUAGCAGGUAUUGGUGCAGGAGCAGGCUCCUCCAUCUUUGGCUUCCUCACACGGAGCACCCGGCCAGAGGAACGCGCUGGUGUUUUCGCUGCCAUCAUGGCAUGUCGCCAAGCUGGCCUCCUGAUUGGGCCAGCAUUCAAUUUGUUCCUGAGACUGUGCGACUUCCAGCUGGGGCCAUUUGUGGUGAACAACUACACCUCUCCCGGGAUCUUCAUGUGUCUGAUGUGGAUCCUGCUCCAGUUUGUAGUGCUGGCCCUGUACUGGGACAUACCACCUAUCAGCUCCGAAGAGGGGGGUAUCGCUGUGGGAGAGAUCGAAGAGAAGGAGCCGCUGGUAAGGGCAGAGGAGACACUGGAGACCUACGGCACUGUCUGGGACGACCAGAUAGAGACAACCCUUUCCUCAGAGAUACACCAUUUCCAGGACCCUUCACAGUGCCCUCCCUCGCCGCCUUCCUCUACCUCUUCCUCGUCCCCUCCUUCGACUAUCUCAAACCCCCUCACAAUUUUCAGUGCUAGUCAAGAGUUUCUGAGGGAGGAGGUGGUGGUGCUCCUCACUGCACAGUUCAUCACCCUCUUCAACCAGACAGCACUGGAGACCAUGGUGACACCUCUGACCCAGCGCUCUUUUGGCUUCGGAGAGCUUGCCAACAGCCUGAUGUACAGCCUGUGUGGCGUUGAGGUGAUCCUGGGCUUCUUCUUGGUGCGUGGGCUGAGUCGCCAGGUGGAAGACCGUGUGGUGCUGGCCGUGGGGCUGGUCAUCUGCAGUGUUGCCUGCGUCUGGUGCCUCAUCUUCCUGGCCAACCCCCAGGGCGGGUACUCCUGGGAGUUGGCAACGUUCAUCAUCGGAGUGUUCCUGCAGCUGCUCGGGCUUCCCUUCGUGGCCGUGUCCCAGGUGUCGCUCUUCUCCAAAGUCACUGCAGAGAAAACGCAAGGGUUCAGUCAAGGCGUGAGGCGCUCUGUUGGGGGGCUGGCUACUAUCCUGGGGCCUCUCUGGGCUGGAGGACUGACCGGUAACUUGUACCUGAUGCUUGGAGUGAUGCUGGCUCUUCUCCUCAUGAUCACAGUGAUGCUGAUACUAUCCUAUGAUCGCCUAGUCGAACCCAAAGUAGUGCAGCACGCCCAGAGCUCAGACAACGGAGAAUAGACAAGAGUCAUGUUCAGUAGGGAGAAAAUGUUUUGAAAUGGGGAGGCAUGACCUGAACUUGUCCAAUAAGAGCACAGCUUCUGGGUUUCCGUUGCAACGCAUAUUGCUACAGGUAUGCACUACUGAACACGUCCCUGCUGUCAACUUGAAUGACAACUGAAGCCCUAAUAAAGGUCAAAGGUGAGGUGAUGUGACACAUACAGUAUGUCUCCCAACUACUAUGAGAAGGUCAAUGAAUGCACAUUACAAUAAAGGUGGUGUGUGUCUAAACUCUGCAAUGCAGAAGAGAUCCAACCAAUGACCUAUAGGCUUAUCCAACCCACUUUAAAGCUCUGUGGAGUCUAUUUUACGUUCACACUUUAUUUGGAUAGUCCAGUCAUACUAUCAACAAAGUAUCUGUUGAUGAGCAACUUUUAAAAUGUUUUUAUUUCACCUUUAUUUAACCAGGUAGGCUAGUUGAGAACAAGUUCUCAUUUGCAACUGUGACCUGGCCAAGAUUAAGCAAAGCAGUUCGACACAUACAACAACACAGAGUUACACAUGGAAUAAACAAACAUACAAUCAAUAAUACAGUAGAAAAAUCUAUAUACAGCAUGUGCAUAUGAGGUAGGAUAAGAGAGGUAAGGCAAUAAAUACUGCUUGCUAAGGUUGUUGUUAUAGGGUUAGGUUUAGAAUAAGGGCUAAGGUUAGGGUUAGGGCUAUGGUUAAGAUAAGGGUUAGAAAUAGGUUCAGGGUUAGUAUAUAGUUAGUUGAAACGUUACUGAGUCUGUAGAGCAUCUACAGAUGGACUAUUCAAAUAAAGUGUUACCCAUUUUCCUAUCCCAACACGAAUCUUUGCACAUUUGAGCAAACUUCUUUGAAAUAUUGUUGCUUGUAGUGUUUCUGUAGUAGAUAGAAUAUUUAAUAUCUACCAAAAGACGUAUCCAUAAAUAUAUAACAUGGUAUUACGGAUGUACACAAGGGGGCACCGUUGCUCUCUGUUUGAAUAUUUUGGAAUGAUGUAAUUGAUGUUGAAUAAAUCAAGUUUUCAAAACUGC